UCAGAUUGGGAUAAUGGAACAACAAUUAUAAUAAAUAUUCAAUUCCAUUUACAAAAACAAAACUCUCUACAAUCAUUUUUGUGAAUUGUAUUAUCAGAUGCAAGAGAAUAAAUAUUAUAAAGCUCAAAGUAUAUUCUUCUAUUAAUUUAAUUAGAUUUAGCAGAUUUUGAAGAUUUGAGUAAUUUUAUUAAAGAGAACAGAUUUUAUCAUAUACCACUAAAAUCAGCUGAUGAAGUUAAUAAUUUACAAGAUAAAGUUUUUCCAUGGUAAGAAUAUUGUGAUAAAUUAAUGUAACUUAUUCAAUAGAAAAUCAAAUCAGUUAAUGCCAAUAUUUAGAAUUUUUUAAAAUUGAAUAACUUAUUAAACAUAGUUGGUUAUGGAGUAAAUGAUGAUGAUGCAUAUGUAAUUUAGUAAUGUCUAAAACAAAUUGCUUAAAGAGAUUCAAAUAUUUAAAGUGUACGUUUUUGGGGAAAGAUAUUAGCACAAAAUAAAGACUAUUUUGUAAUAGAAGUUACAAUGGAUAAAUAAAUAAAAGAACCUUAACCUGCUGAUUGUGAUGAGAAACUUAAUGAAUAUGUACAUUAUGUAACUUAAGAUUGUAAGACCUAUAAAUAUAUAAAUUAGUACUUGAAGAUUGGGCUUUAUUACCAUAAAUAACCAGGAAGUAAAUGGAAGCUAGUCGUUAUAUAACUUACUUAUUUAGUGGAAACUUAAAUAAAGAAAUAAUUUAAUAUCCAUAUUUUGAAGGAAAGGAGAAGCAUUUAUUAAAAGCUCAAAUAUUAAGAAUAACACAUGCUAAUUUAUUGGCUCCAAGAGGGUUGUAUAAAUAUGAGGAUGAAACAAAAACAAUAGGCUUUGAAGAUGAAUUUAAGAUGCCUGAAUCAGCUGAAUUAAUAACAAUGGAUGCUUGGGUUCAUUUGCCAGCAUAUAUUUUAAAAUAAGGAAGAAUAACAUUUUAUGAAGAUCCAUCUUUAAAGGAAGAGGAAUUGAAUUUGAUGAAAGAGUAAGAUCCUGAAUAAGAAAGAUUGAAAUCUAUAAAAGACGAUAAACGUAAAAGUUUGAUCACUAUGUGUAGCAUUUGAAUAGAAUGAAGGAAAUUGGUUGAUUAAGGUAUUUGGAGAAAGUUAGUAAUAUACAAAUUAAGAAGAAUAAGCAAUGAGCUAUUAAGUAGUUUUAUUAAGAAAUUAUUUAUGGCCUGGUGCAUUAACUGUGAGCAACGUAUUAAUAUAAUCAAUAAUAUUAAAGUAAAAUGAAUACAUAAGUGUAUAUUUUGGAUAUGGAUUGAAAAAUCAAUAGAACUCUUUUAAUCCAUUGUCUCCUAAAGACGUUUAAGAUGAUCCUGAAGAUAUAGAUGAAUAUCCUGAACCUAAUCCAAGAGAAUAACCAGAUGAAUUAGAACCAGAUAGUGAUGAUGAAAGAAGAAGAGAAUAGGAAAGAAGGGAAGCUGAAUUGCAAUAGUAAUAAGAAUGA